ACAUGUUAACCGCCAAACUCCCUAGAAUUGGCGGCUGCACUUUUGUGGCGCCAUUGUUGUUUUGCUGUCAAUCUCGGUUUUUUGUAUUUGAGCCGGAUUUCUCUAAAUUUGCUGUGUUUUUCCGCUUUUUCCUUCACUAUGGCCGAGAAUUUAGAUACCAGCGACGUUAGUGAUCAAAAUGUCGAAGAUUCGGAAGUCGUAACUCUCUCUUUAAACGAUGUUUUGGAACUUGAAGAUGCGAUUAUCGAAGACGCAGCUGCCGUUCUGGGUGCUUCCAACGACAAAGCUUGCUCCUAUAAUGARGGCUAUCUCAAAAGACAGGCACUUUAUUCUUGCCUCACUUGCAUUCCUGAAGCUAGAGAAAAUCCGGAAAAGGGCGCAGGGAUUUGUCUUGCUUGCAGUUACCAUUGCCACGACGGCCAUGAACUUGUUGAGUUGUACACGAAACGGAAUUUUAGAUGCGAUUGUGGGAAUAAAAAAUUUAAUGGCACCAAAUGUAAUUUAUGCAGUGAAAAGGAUGAUAGCAAUGAGUUGAAUAUGUACAACCAGAACUUUAGUGGGAUUUAUUGCGUCUGUCACCGACCAUAUCCUGAUUCAGAGGACCCAUUGCCAGAUGAAAUGAUCCAAUGUAUCAUUUGUGAAGAUUGGUACCAUUCGAGACAUCUAGGAGUGGAAGUUCCCAGUGGCCCUUUUGCUGAAAUGAUUUGUGGUUCAUGUGUUGGCAAACAUGAAUUCCUUUUACACUAUGAUGGUACUAAGGAAGGUUCUACUAGUGAGGAAAAGAAGUGUAAAAAGCCUGAAACUAAAUCUGAAAAUGUUGGAGCCAAAUUCUGGCAGGAUAUUUCAUGGAGGAAUGAUUUAUGCACCUGCAAUGAUUGUUUAGAAAUGUACAAGAAGGAAAAUGUCUCGUUUUUGAUUGAUCCUGAAGAUCCGGUACAUCUGUAUGAAGAGAAAGGGAAAGCCAAGGCUAAAGAGGUGGUAGAAACUCAUAAUCGAAAUUUCAUGAAUUCGUUAGAUAGAGUACAGUUAGUUGAAGCUAUAGCUGGCUAUAAUGAUCUGAAAGAGAAUCUUGCCGAAUAUUUAAAGAAAUUUGUUGAGAAUAAAAAAGUUGUCAAGGAAGACGACAUCAGGGAAUUUUUUGAUGGCAUGAUGGCCAGGAAGAAACAAAAAGUUUCUGUACAACAUUUCUGUCGCUAGAAAUUAUUAUUGGUUUUUAGUUGUAGGAAAAAUAAAUGGGAGUCAGUAUUUUUUUAUCAUAUUCCAAGUAUUGUAGUUUACAAGUAAUAAAGUUUGAUGUAAACUUUU